UACCUCUGCAUGAGCUGUGUGGUCAGCGAGACGUCACCACUACACUGAUGGAAAGGUAACCCAGCUUUUGGACCUAUUUCUUAGAAGGUCCAUCUCCAGUGCAGCAUAGCUUUACUCGGUGUGGCCAAGAGUGACAAUGGAAAAAAGGUGUAAGAGGAUAUGGGCGGCGAGGACCCUCCAGGACCUCAGCUGCUGAGAGCAAACAGCAUCUGAUGGUGCCUACAUGAGCAACACUGAACAAAUAUAAUUAGCAAUAAGAGAAGAUUCUUGAGAUGCUUGCUCUCGAUGACACAACACGGCCCAUUGUUUGAAACAGGUGCAGCUCACAGAUAGAUCGCACUAAUAAUAGCAGCUCUAAAGGCUAUUAUUAAACACAAGUCAAUCAACAUAUCCAGCAGCAGACCUCAUGUCAUAACACAUAACACUUCCUCUCGGAGAAGUUAACCCUGAUAUGAAAAAGCAGUUAAACUUUAUGACCCUGAUUUACUCUAAUUUAAAGACUGCUUUGUUUGUGGAGGAACAGAUGGGAUUAUCAGCCGACUACUACAACAGCCAUGUGGCGGCUGUGUUGUUGUAUGUUUGUCCCUGUGAUUUAGCUACCUGGUAUUAUUAAACCCUUUGUAGUCCAAAAAAGCUACCCACUGAUUGCUUAACUGGAUUAUGGAGCAGGCAACAGCAGUAAUAAUGGACAAGUUAAGCCCAGUGAUGCUCGGAGGGAGGCUGAGCGUAUAAAAAGGCAGCUCGACCGAUGCAGACCGCACUCUCCACUCUCCCUGACACACUCUACCAAGCUCCCAGACAACUGAGAAGAGAACACCUCCAAAGAUCUUCCAGAGAUGGCAAAGGUUUUCAAGAAGACCAGUGGAAACGGAGGGCUGACCCUCUACCUGGGGAAGAGAGACUAUGUGGACCACGUGAAGGAAGUGGACAAAGUUGAUGGUGUUGUCAAGCUGGACCCAGCAGACUUUGGAGACAGGAAAGUGUUCGUGCAGCUGGCAUGUGCCUUCCGCUACGGCAGCGACGACCUGGAUGUGAUGGGUCUGUGCUUCAGGAAGGACAUCUGGAUCCAACACGUCCAGAUCUACCCUGAGUGCCACAAGCCCACUCUGACCCCCAUGCACGACACCCUGCUGAAGAAGGCUGGAGACAACUCACACCCUUUCACUUUCGAAAUUCCCACUGACCUGCCAUGCUCAGUGUCUCUGCAGCCUGGACCAGAUGACAAGGGGAAGGCCUGUGGUGUCGACUUCGAGGUCAAAACUUACCUUGCCAAGGAAAAGUGCAGCCCUGAUGAGAAGAUUGAAAAGAAGGACACAGCUCGCCUUAUCAUUCGUAAAAUCCAGUACGCCCCCUCUCAGGUGGGCGCCGGGCCCAAGGCUGACCUCUGCAAAAGCUUCAUGAUGUCCGACAAGCCUGUUCACGUAGAAGCUUCAAUGGAGAAAGAUCUCUACUUCCAUGGCGAAUCAAUCCCAAUCAAAAUCAAAAUCAACAACGAGAGCAACAAAACCGUCAAGAAAUUCAAAAUCACUGUGGACCAAACCACGGACAUCGUCCUCUACUCGGCAGACAAAUACACUAAGACUGUUCUCACCCAAGAGUUUUCAGAGACAGUAGAGCCCAACAGCACCUACGAGAACACUCUGAGCAUCACCCCGCUGCUGUCUGAAAACAAGGAGAAGAGAGGACUCGCACUGGAUGGACGACUCAAGGAUGAGGACACUAACUUGGCCUCCACCAGUGUGCUGCGACCGGGAUUAGAAAAAGAAGUGUUGGGAAUCUUGGUUUCCUACAAGGUUAAAAUUAACCUCAUGGUGGCCGGAGGAGGCCUGCUGGGCGGCCUCACUGCCAGUGACGUCACAGUGGAGCUGCCAUUGUUGCUCAUGCACCCCAAACCUGAAGAGUAAAGACUGCACAUCAGCUGUCUUGAAAGAAAACUCCCCCAUAGUCAAGAGAGGAUGUUACCCUGGAGGUUGAGGAGAAACCCACAGAAAGACAAUGAGGGGAAAUGACACAAACCAAAGAAGAAGAAGGAUGUGACGGUGUAAUGAAUCCAAAUAACAUUCACCAAGCAACAGAGGAGAAUUACCUUGAGAAUACACCAAGGAUAUACCAGAUGCGAUGGUCCCCUCACAGAUUUUGUUGUCCUUGUUUUGUUGUUUAAUUGAUGUGGUUUAGCUGUGUAGAGGGAGUAUUCUGACUCAGAAGUAGUAUCCAACAUUUAGAGACCAAAGACGUGCGUAGAAUCAGACAUACAUACCGGUACAAAAUAAAAAUCCCUUUCACCUCACAUCAGAGUGUGAGAGGGGGGAGUCCCAUAAAAGCCACUGUGCUUUGGAUUAGUGAUACACUCAUCAAUUAUUAUGAGUGGCACUUUUCUCCUUCUGUGAAAUGUAUAAGAUAACAGUGUGUUUUUGACAUCAUGUAAAAG